AUUGUAAUUUACAAUAGCUCAUUAACUUAACUUGAAAGUUAAAUUGUAAUUGUGAACUCAAUUUAUGAAAUAAUUUUGGUCGAGUCAACUGGACUAAGUUUGAAGUUAAUUCAUACAGAUAUCAAAAUAUAUUUUUUUAAUUUAAUGUCAAUUAGUCGCAAUAAUUUAACUUGAAAUUUAAUCGAGUAUCAAGUGUGAACUGGUAGUUGACGGGUUCAACUGUUAUCACCUGCUGGUGGGAACCUCUCCACGAGAGUGAGAGAGAGAUGGAACACUUCAUCUAGUGAACUGGCGAAGCAAGUGUGGUGGCCACGAGCCGGUCGUUUUAGUCAAACCCUCGCGGGAAAUUCAAUCCUCGUCAUUCAGUAGAAUGUGCUCUCAGCAAAAAUUAAAAGAGUUAAAUUAUUCUGUGUGCAUUUAUUUUUGAAUUUGAAACGAAAGCGAGAACAUUUAUCUUAUCUCAACUUGAAGGAAAUUUGUGGAACUUUUCUUAUUCAACUCUCGCAAUGGAAUUCCAACCGGAAGUAAACAAUGUGGAACAUAUGGCACUAAAUAAUCCGAUCAUUUUGACGGAGAUAUUCAAACAGGCCGCAACCCCAUUGAAAACUUGUCGACUCGUAAGUCAAUUUUGGAACAAAAUGGUUCUCUCCUUGCCAAAUACGAGACUAGCGUUAGACUUGAAACACAAGGAGGAAAGGUGUAAAAUGUCAUUUUUCGAAUUGUGCUCCUCAUUAGUCGACGCCCGACUUGUGAAAAGGAUUAGUUGCCUGGCCAACUCGACGGUGGACUCCUUCGCAUCUAAACUACUCCAAGUUUGUGACAAGUUCGGCGACACCGUGCAAAUUUUGGAACUCGACAUCGCUAGAGAGGUCUAUCUAUCAUCGGUGUAUCAAGUUUUGAAAAAUUCCUGCCCGAACUUGAAGCAAUUGCGAAUUAGUUGCACACGUUCACCGAAUUCAGCAAGUUCAACUGAUCUGAUUCCAGCCGGAGAAAUUAUGUCAAUAAAACAAAAUUUGAUAUUCUUCAAGGUCGUCAAGGCCAGUUCGAAACGGGUGACUUCUCAUCUAACCAACUUUAUUGACGUGGUUAUCAACGCCUCUCCAAAUUUGAAGGAGGUCACUCUUCCGUGGGGAUUUAGCCCAGAUUUGUCAAAUUCCAAAUAUCUCGAUUCGUUAACAAUAGCGCUGGAUAACGUUGACCCAUGUGACAUCGUCCGAGCGGAAGAUAAGCUUUCAAAUAUGUCCCGAAUGUUGAGUCAAGUGAGGAACCAACUCGUCAAACUAAGUUUUGACUACGUCGACAAUACAUACGUAGGGUACGGAUCGACAGAGUUGGACGAUACAAAAAAUUUCAAAAAAACUCACUUCCACUUGCCCACCAAGAAGAUGCCCAAAUUAAAAACGUUUCGAAACCGGAUGACUGACGUUUUUCGGUGUGACGACCUCUUGCAAAAUAUCGUGCCCAAUCUGAAAAGUCUCAUGAUUGGGAAAGCGUUUCAGAAGUCGAAAUCUGUGGAUGACAUUGUGCAAAAUAUUUGUCUCUCGAAGAAGAAGGUUUUGCCAAACAUGACGAAUUUGAGGGUUAUGCAGUUGCAUGAUCCCAAACUUUUGAAACGAUUGGUGACUGUGUUUCCAAACUUGGAAAAGUUGAAGUUGGACACGUUCGACACUAGGGAUUCCGGCGGAAAGAAGACUCUCCUGAAGUUGGGGGUAGUGCUCAAGACGUGUCGGGGUUGGAGGGUGUUGAAACAUUUGGGAUUGAGGUUGCCAAAGUACCCAAAACAGGUUGAGGAUGUUAUUCAGGCUCUCUUAAAAGCAAAGAAAUUAUUCAAGCAACUGAAAACUUUAAGCCUUGGGACGUGUAAGUUUGACAACAAGAUUCACGAUUUGUCAGCGAACGAAAUCGAUUUGUUUAAGCAACUCCUCGUCGCAAUUCGUGGAAUGGACCGGGUCGGAAUUGCCGGUAUUUAUUAUGGCAAAGAAUCAGCAGAAAGUAUACGCGCCUUCAUGGCGCUGAAUGAAAUGCGCGUGUCUAAGUUUUCUGUGGUGGAAGAAGAGUCUGAAGAGACGGAUGCUGACAGCGUGAACUACGAUGGCGACUACAAUUGGAGUAUGGAUGGAGACAGCAGUGUGGAUUUCGAGUUUUCGGAUGAUUGGCACGAGUCUUACGAUGAUUGGUGUGAGUCCUAUGAUGAUGACAGCGAUUAGUUUCAUUUCAAGCGUUCCAAACUUUGUUCCCUAAAUAAAUAUAUGCACUUUUUUUCUCAAGUAAAAUUGAUACUCCAUCAUUAAAUGAAUAUAAAGUAGUUGAAAUUCCUCGAAAUGUCUUGCCAGCCUUAAAAUAUUAAAGCUUAAAAAUUUAAGUGCUUAAUAAUUAUUAUUGAAAUACGUCAUAUAGGGCGUACUCACGACAACUUCUUAUUUCGCAUCGCAACUCAUUUAGCAAA